AUGGAGACCGCUGCUUUGCACGCGCAAAUAGCCACAGCGUCCAUGGAGACCGAUGAAAUCCACUCCUCGCUCAUCCAGGACUCGAUCACCGCACAACGGAAGAAACAUAAGCUUGACUCAACGGGCGAUACUUGGAUGGCUUCUACAGAGGGUUCUGCCGAUGGUGCUUCCACUAGUGGACGUCGUGGUCGCUCCAGGUAGGUGCCGCUCUCCCAGCACGCUGCAUUCAUAAACUCUUUUGCGAGGUUUCGCUCAUGUGCUUUUCUCUCACUUUCUUGCCCCCUGCUGUGGGAAUCGACUGUAUCGAGCAGCACCUACUCCGGAUUAGGCUUGGGCGAGCAUAGCGCUGUCGCCGACAUUCUGCAGAGCAACAACGGCCUACACGCCGGCACUGCAUCUCCACAGGCAGCAAGCAGCUUGGGGGUGGGUAUAAGCCUGACUCCCAGUCUAGCCAACAUUAUCGGAGAGGCAGCCGUGAACCAGCAAGAGCAGCAUCACAUGCCUACUGUCCUUCAACCGUCACCUUAUCAAGCACCUGUGAGCGUCUCUGAAUACCCGUACUUUCUCAGCGUUGAUGGACUCCACUUUCGAUCGAACUCUUGCAGGAUACCCCUCGAGUAUCGGGGAAUAUGUGCGUCAUUAAUGACGAGGGAGUGAUUCGACGCUCCUCGCAGGCACCAAUGAUAGAAGCACCUGCAGGGUGGAUCUGUCUUCGUCUGAUCGACACCGACAUUCGUGCGCCUCAAGAGCUGUUCGAGAAUCAAGGGUGAGCGUAUUGUCAAAGUCAGAUAGAGUUUUGCGCACGACUUGCUGAGCCUCUUUGCACCCAUUUCACGAGCUCUAGACUUUUGGCCUCUGCUACCUUUGGUCCUGGUCCUUUCUUUCUGGACUUGCAAUGGUGCGAGAUGAAGUUGCUGUUGCACUGGCUGCGCUUCGCAAGGCGUGAGUGGGUGUGUGGAAGCCUCACAGAUCAGUGAUGAUGCCCAAGCGAAUCGCCCUCGUCAAUCUUCCGUGGCCUGUCAGUGCCGCUACUCAACCGAGCAGAGCACAGGUUGAUGGUAACACUGGCCGAAGCGUACCGUAUGGAGCGCUUGCAACAAGCCCUUGGAAAAGCCUCAGACUUUCGCAAUAUGACACCAGUCGAGCGCAGCUCUUUCGACAGCAGCAUGAUGGUCGAGAUGGAAGGCGUGAGUCUCUGACAAGUCCUUGCGCGAGCGAUCUUCCCCCGGCACUGACCCUGUUCCUUUUGUGACACAGCUUCUGACGACUCUAGUCCUGAUGACCGACAUCUCGCGACCGGAGGAAGAAGGCGUCAACGCGGCGUCUCUGGCUCGCAUCACGUACGAAGCAAUGGUGCACCGCAUGGAUGCAGCUCUCAAAGAUUUAUGGCCAGGAGAAAAACGUCUAGUCAGCAUCGAAUUCCGCUUUCCUCUAAGUCACGCGCGCAGGCACGCUAUAAGCGCAGUCGGUAAUGAUUUGGUACGCGAAGAUGCGGGGCAACCUGGCUGGGAUAGUAUGGCGAAUAGCAGCAGCAGUGGCGGAAGACAGACCCUUUGGAAUUCUUAUCGAGGCGACCCAGGUCGACAGAUCUUCCAUCGCGUCUUUUUCGAUGCUGUAGCUAGGCGCCUUUAUCACGAUGGUGAGCGAUGGAACUGCGUCGGAUGA